AUGAUUUUAGGUGGUUGUGGUGCUUGUGUCGUUUUGCUCUCCAAGUACAAUCCAGUGCUUGACCAAGUUGAGGAUCUUACAGUGAGCUCAUGUCUUACGCUCCUCUGCAGCAUAAAUGGAGCCUCAAUCACAACAAGUGAAGGCCUUGGUAAUAGUAAAGAUGGUUUCCACUCAAUUCACCAAAGGUUCAGUGGAUUCCAUGCUUCCCAAUGUGGCUUUUGUACUCCUGGAAUGUGCAUGUCCUUGUUUGGAGCCCUUGUUAAAGCUGAAAAAACUGAUAGACCAGAGCCUUCUCCGGGUUUCUCCAAGCUUACAGUCAAUGAAGCUGAAAAAGCUAUUGCAGGAAAUCUGUGUAGAUGUACCGGAUAUCGACCCAUUGCUGAUGCAUGUAAAAGUUUUGCAGCAGAUGUUGAUAUGGAGGACUUGGGACUUAAUUCUUUUUGGAAAAAGGGAGAGCCGCAGGAAGUAAAGAUAGGUAGUAUGCCUCCAUAUAAUCAAGAGAUUUGCACUUUCCCUGAAUUUUUAAAAACAGAAGUUAAAUUUCCCCUGCUUUUGGAUUCUAAAAGAUGCUCUUGGCCUCUUGGCAUCAACCUUGUAAGCUUUGAGGAGCUCCAAAGCUAUUAA